AUGACUGCUCUGGGUCUGAUUGUCACGGCUCGCGGUCUUAUCCUGAAUACCCCCGCUCAGCAGGUAGUCUCUGGAGGAGACCUGACAAUUACGUUUGCGGCUCAGGACGGUGAUCGGCCGUUCUCUCUAGAACUCGUCAAUAAUGAACUGCACGACAAAUUCGCGAUCGCGAACAACAUAAGUCCGUCGUCUGGAUCCCUCACCGUUACGCUCCCGAUUGUGCCUGCUUCUGGGGGAUAUGAGUUCUGGGCGGUCAACAUUAGGAAUAUCAAUGACGUUUUCGCAUCAACUGCGUCAUUCACCGUCGAAGACUCCUGA